UUCUAAAUGUUGAUUGCUGGCAUUUUCGGCCAAACGACAAACGGUCGCCGUGUUUUCGCCAAAUUUCAGGUGUCUCAAAUCGAUUUUUUAAACAAAACCUCAAGAAAUACUCAAAAAAACUGAAUUGACCGGUGGUAAAAUGGACGCCUUACAAGACGAAGUGGAGUCGCUGGAAGCUAUCCUAAUGGACGAUGUUUGCAUCAAACGCACACCCAGCGGUGAGGUGGAGCAGAUCGAGACCACGGUGCUGCCGCUGACCGGGGAGGAGGAGGAGCAGCAGUAUGUGUGCGUUACCUUGCAGGUGCAUCCAACACCUGGCUAUCCGGAGGAGAGUCCCACAUUCAAGCUGCUGCGUCCGCGGGGACUGGACGAUGCCCGUUUGGAGGCAAUCCGAAGCGCGUGCAACGCCAAGAUCAAGGAGUCAAUUGGUUUUCCGGUCGUAUUCGACCUCAUCGAGGUGGUGCGGGAGCACCUUAGCGGCAGCAAUCUGCCUAGUGGCCAGUGCGUUGUCUGUCUGUAUGGAUUCGCCGAUGGCGACGAGUUCACACGCACCGAGUGCUUCCACUACCUGCACAGCUACUGCCUAGCCCGGCAUCUUAACGCCCUGCGUCGCAACUACCAAGAGGAGUUCGAUAAGUUACCCGCCUGGCUGCAGAAGACGGCCGAUCCCUUCCAGGCACUGUGCCCUGUUUGCCGUGAGCACAUCGGCGACGAAACGGAUAGUCUCAAGUGCGCCAUGCCGCCAUCUGAGUUGCUGAAUGCUCCGGAUUUUAAGGUGACCGAGGAGCUGCGUCAAAUGCAGCAGCGCAUGUCGGAGUUGUAUCUGCAGCAAAAGAGUCGCGGCGCCAUUAUCGAUGUAAACGCCGAGGGAUCGGCAGUGAUUUCCAUCGAGACAGAGGAGGACAUUCGGCGAAGGCGACGUCGAGAAGAAGCCGAGGCAGCUAAAAAGCUGGAGGGACCGGCGAAGGAGGAGGUUAUCAAGCCCACAACUAGUUCCACAUUUGCGCCAGUGGUGCAGGAGACCCACCGCAUCAUGCCGGAGCCGACCAACAAUAACUAUCACCACAAUCGUCGGCAUUAUCGCGGCGGCAGGCGUCACCAUCAUCACCAUCAGCAUGGUCACCAUCAUCGGGCCGAAAGGGAUCGUGAGCAGAAUGCGGCUGCAGCUCCGGCCCCCGCAGGUGGCUCCACAUCGAAUACGGGCAAUGGCAAGCAGGCAAAGGCCCAGUCAGCCAGUUCCGGGCUUGCCAGGUGACGAUGGCUUCCGGAAGAGAUGGGGAUCCGGAUACCCAUUGCGUUGCCAUGCUGCUAAUACACAAUAAAGCACCAACCCGAACGGCCCAGGUUUAGUUUUAUGAGGCGCACUCGUUUCUGUGACUUUUUAAGUUCGUACGUUCGUAUAUAUUUAUAUUUAGUUAGCUUUAGCGAGCCGGGUUAGCUAAUUUGGACUAUAUUAAUGAUGAUAUUUAGUUGUACCUUAACUAUAAUGAUAUUUGUAAUGAUUUACAAAAGACUUGCGGCACCAUGCCAAGCCGAUAUUAUUAGGGCCUUUGAAAGCUAGCGCGUAGAGCAGCAUGUAUUUAGCAGCACCAACUGGCAGCGCUGGCGUUGACGAGAUUACACCACAGCAUUGUGAAGAUCGAGGAGAAGACGGUAUUGAUAUCCACUUACGCAUAAUCUGCAACUGCACUUCAAAGUUUAGUCUAAAUAAAUCCCUCUCUGGCAGCCUAUAGCACAAGGAAACGUAAGAACCCAGCUUUUACUUGAUUUAGUUGGACGAUUAAAGUUGGAGCGGCAUUUCUAGUCAGUGAAUGGUGGUCAGAAUAGAGGCAACAGAGGAGGAGGAACCCGAUACAGGGCAUCUGCAUUAGCAUGCAUGCACACAUAUUUAAAUAUCACAAUUAAUUGAGUGUUUUGUAGAAAACCAAAUAGUGAUCCGCACGGAUCGAUCAUGGUAUUAUAUCGAAAAUUCAAUUUCAAUGUGUCAAAUAACUACUACGAUUGAGAACUUAAAUGAAUAAAUCAAAUUCGGAAAUCA